AUGAAUAUAGUAGAGAAUACAAAGUGGAAAAUGGGACCCCACAAGGGAGUAUAAUAAGUCCAGUACUAUUUUCCAUCAUGAUAAAUGAAGUUUUUAGUGAAGUGGAAGGGUUAGUGGAGGUGGCAUUGUUUGCUGAUGAUGGAGUGAUGUGGAAGAGAGGUAGAAAUACAAAUUAUAUAGAAAAGAAGAUUCAAAAAGCGGUAAAUAAUGUUCAAGACUGGGGGACGGCUUGGGGUUUAAGAUUCUCUGUUGGAAAGACAAAAGUCAUACAUUUUACGAAGAGGAAAAUACAAAACAAGCUCCAAAUAAAACUCUAUGGAGAAAACAUAGAAGAGGUACAAGUUUUUAAAUAUUUAGGAAUAUGGUUUGAUAAAAAUAUUAACUGGUCAACCCACAUCAGCAAGAUAAUGGAGAAAAGUAAAAAGGUGUUAAAUAUAAUGAGGGCUUUGAGGGGUAAAGAUUGGGGGGCUGAUAGGUUAACAUUGAAAACAAUAUAUAUCACUUUAAUUCGGUCUGUUAUCGACUACGGAUGCAUUAUUUAUCGAUCUGCUUCAAAAACUCUACUUGAGAAAAUAGACCGGAUCCAGUCGCAGGCGUUAAGAUUAUGUUGUGGAGCUACUAAAUCUACUCCAGUGGCAGCAUUACAAGUAGAAAUGAAUGAAAAACCUUUGGACAUGAGGAGAGAUCAACUCUCAGCAGUUUAUUGGGCAAACUUAAAAGGAUCCAAGCAAGGACAUCCAACCCGUCAAGUGCUAAUAAAUUGCCAAGAAAAAGGGAAGAAAAAAAUGAAUAGUUUUGGGUGGAUAAUAGGAGAUAUAUGUAAAAAAACACAAAUUGACAAUAUUAAAGUGAGCCCUACAGUACCAAUUCCUGCAAUACCACCAUGGAUGUAUGAAAACCCAAAGGUAGACAUGCAGUUACUGAAGAAUAGACAUUUAAAUAGUUACCAAAUAGAACAACGGAUUGAGGAAAUGUUUUUUGAUAAUAUUAUGAUAUACACAGAUGCAUCAAAAACUAUAAAUAGUAAAGUAGGAGCUGCUGCAGUUAUCCCACAGAGAAAUAUAGUGUUGAAUAAAAGAAUUAGUGAUAAACUAUCUGUUUUUACGGGGGAAUUGGUAGCAAUUUAUAUGGCAGUUAACUGGAUAGAGGAAAACAAAGCUAGGAAAGUAGUCGUGUGCUCGGACUCCAGCAGUGCAUUGACGAGCAUAAAAAACAUAACAUCAGAAACAAGACUAGAUAUAGUUUAUGAAAUAGUUCAGGCAAUCUACAGAAUAAAUAAAGUGGGAGGUGUGGUAACAUUUCUCUGGGUUCCUGCUCAUGUAGGAGUUGAGGGAAAUGAGUUAGCUGAUAGAUACGCAAAACAAGCAACCACUAAAACAGAAGUAAACAUGGAGAUUAAGCACAGUAAAGAAGAAGUGAAGAGCAUAAUUAAGAUAGAACACAAUAAAAAGUGGCAGGAUAAUUGGAAUAAGGAAACAAAAGGUAGAGAGUUUUACAAAGUCCAGAGGAAAGUAGGUGUAAUGAGAGGAGGGGGUAGAAAUAGGAAGGAAGAAGACAUUAUGACUAGAAUGAGAUUAGGGCAUACAUAUCUAAAUAGUUCACUAAAAUUGAUAGGCAAACAUACUACAGGGCUGUGUGAUUUUUGCCACCAGAUAGAAAAUGUUGACCAUGUCUUAAUACAAUGUAGGAAAUAUAAUAGAGAAAGAGAAAUACUGGAAAAUAAGUUAGCAAAAGAAAAUAUUAGGUUAGAAGUGGGAGAUAUAUUAGGAUUGCAUUCAGAAAACAUAGGAUAUAAAGCAAUAUACACAUAUUUAAAAAACACUGGGUUAAGUAAAAGAAUACAGAGUAGGGAUCCACCUCGGUCCACACUCCAUUACAGUAGGUGGCGGUAAUGCACACCAGAAGGUUGCUUGCCAACCGCCAUAAAAACAAAAGAAGAAGAAGAAGAAGACUUUGGGCUAAAGGAGAGACAAAUUGCAGGAAAGCAUUAAGAUUUAUUGAAAAGUAAAAUAUUGUUGAACCUGAAGAACCCUGUCAUGUCUAGACCUGGUGGUCCAGAGAAUCCGGAAGCAAUAGUCUUCCACAACUUGGCACUCAAUCUGGCAGGACCACCGGAGGCAGGGGUAGACAACCCCCCCCGGCAAAUUUUACGAGUGUGCUCGUCGAGGUGGCAGCAAACAGCCGCCAACAGUGCCAAGUCCUGCGGGCGUUGGCGGACCAGAUGGGCAGGGCACGGCCAGGGCUAACGGCCGUCGCCAUGCACCGCAUGGGGGAUGAAGAGGACCCUCAUGCCUUCCAGGACAUUUUUUCGGCCACGGCGAGAGCAUGCGUGUGGCCGGAGGAAGAGUGGGGCGUGCGGCUCUUGCCGCUCCUGAUGGGGGAGGCGCAGCGUGCGGCGCUCAGCCUGCCGGCGGCAUCCAGGGUGCGUUUCACUGACCUGAGGAGGGCGGUGCUGGAACAGACGGGAGGCACCGCUGCAGAAUACCGACGCCGGCUACGGUUCAUGCGUCUGUGGAUGGAGGACCGGCCAUUCGCCUUUUCCCAGCGGCUCCAAGAGGCAGCGACCCGCUGGUUGCAGCCAGGAGAGGGAGAGGGCCAACUGCUGGACCAGAUCAUCCGGGAGCAGCUCCUGGAAGCGAUUCCUAAGAAGACGGCUGACUGGUUCCGGUACCACCGGCCACAUAACCUGGCAGCUGCGGUGACCCUCGCUGAGGAUCACCUGGCUCGGCAUUGGUGCAGGUUGGCCGAGGGGCAACCUGCACCAAUGCCGCACGGAUGGAGCACACGACAUGAAAAGGAGAGCGCGCUGCACAUUCCCCGCCUUAAAUCGCAUGAUUCCCCGUCUGUUCUUUCCCCGCAGGUCCUGACGGCUGUCCCCAGAACAUCUCCCACGCAGACGGCCCCUCAAACGCUUGGGCAGGCGUGCUGGAGGGACCUCAGCAGGUGGAGGUGGGGCACGUGGCCGCGGUGGCCGGCCCUUCAGUGCCCUCCCCCGACCCGGGUGAGACGUACGGUAUCAAGGCUGACGCGUCUGGGAGCUGUUUUGUCCCAGUAGGUGGAGGGCGUCAACCGUCCCAUCCUCUACAUCAGCCGUAAACUGUCUGAAAGGGAGGCCAGGUACAGCACAGUGGAGAGGGAGUGCCUCGCCAUCAGGUGGGCGGUCGGGGACCUCCGAUACUACCUCCUGGGGCGCUCAGUCAGCUUCUGCUCGGACCACAAACCCCUCCAGUGGUUCCACCGCAUGAAGGAUGCCAACGCGCGGAUCACCCGUUGGUAUCUAGCCUUGCAACCCUACAACUUCAGAGUGAUCCACAAAACGGGUGCACAGAUGGCCGUGGGCAAUUUCGUGUCCUACUCCCUCCCCGGGGUGGGGGGUAGUAAGCGCGGCCGGACGGCGUCCCGGCCUGAGUCUGGCGGUGGAGGUAUAUGGUGGGCGUGGCCUGCGCACCUGCAGGGAAGCGGGGUGUGGCAGGGAAGGCCUCGAGGUUGGCGACAGGUGAUUGGAUGACACAGCUGAAAGUGUUUGUCGCUCUGUAAAAGGAAGCAGUCGGGAGGCAGCGGGAGAGAGCGACAGACAUAUAUUUAGGCUGGAAAACAGAAAGACUUUGGGCUAAAGGAGAAACAAAUUGCUGGAAAGCAUUAAGAUUUAUUGAAAAAUAAAACAUUGUUGAACCUGAAGAA